AUGCUGGCACCACUGGCUCUACUGGCCUAUUUGGUACAGCCAAUCUCCGCACAAGACCAGCACGGGUGGCAAUGCGAUGUGAGAGCAUGGACCAGAGCUCCAGAUUUAUAUCCUGGAGGGACAGUCCCCGGCGAAGCGAGAUUGACUCUCAACGGGACUGAGUGUUAUCAAGUGGAAAGUUGGACUCUUGGACUUCGCAUGGCCGAAAGAGUCAUACUGAAAAGGCGAGCUGCCGGGUCUGCAGAACUGCCAACCAAACCAUCGACGUCGUGCGACGGAUUCCAAUGCAUCCAUGCUGAACAAGAUUGGAAUGACAUCUUCCGGUCAGCUGAUUCCGAACUCCUCUGGCAACCGGAAUUCCACGAUCCAGUCUACUAUAGUGCGGUCAUGGAGUAUGGCGAGUACCGAUGCCUGACAAUUCGUCAACUGCUGACUGCCCUUGCAGAAAAGAACCUGAGGAAUCAGAGUCUGUGGAACGUCACGGGUCUUGAGAGGGAGAUCUUUGACCUUCAUCUUGCCCUGCCUUUCGAACAUGAAUUGUCUGGUGAUGUCAACCUCGACGUCGUGCAGCCGUUCGUAGUUCAUGUUCCAUAUACCAAUUUUCCUCCUUCUCAACGAUAUGAGAGGAUUUUUGAGCACCGAGGAUAUGAUCAGCAGGUCUACGCCUCAGAAUCUGAAUUCAUCUACUACCACAAUCUGACAUUAACCAACGGCUCAUCGUUGAUGAUUCCUGCCGGUAUCACUGCGUUCUUGCCGGCUCCCGCGCCUGUUUCGAUGCCUGCCUCGCAUGUGGCCGAAAACAUGCGGAGCGCAUCAGACAGCGAGUCUGUCAUACUGCGGUCUCCCUUCGGAGAAGUUUCAGAACGCGCCAUUGACUUCGGAAGGAUGGAAUACGGUCGACCUCGACCUGCCUGUGAUGCAGGCAAUAUCUCGCACUUCGAAGUCUCAAUUUCGGCUCAAACCGUUCCUGUUCAAGGCCGCAAUGUGACCUUGGCCAUAUCUGUCGUCAAAGUCGGAAAUGGUUCCGAAUACCCGAUCUCUUUGGAUGUGCAGCCUGCCAUAGACCAUCAGAUGGAAUGGCUAGGAGGUCAGUUCGAGGAUGAAGAUCACUAUCGAGCUUUUUUGGCUGGUGACGGAGAUGGACUUAAUGUCAGAGAACCCCGUUCCUGGAAUGCGAAAAUGUUGAUGGUCAAACCUGAUUGGGUGCUUGAAGAGGAACGCCGUAAACGACAGGACCGCCGGGCCUGUCCUUGGAGUUUCGGUCCUACACCUGCAGCUCUGGCGAGCCACAGCUUGGAGAACAUCAGUCAGUCAGACGAGGGUGCCUGGCGAUUCGAACUCCAAUUUCCAAUACCACACGAUACCAUGCCGACUUUUAGUCGGACAUUUGAUAAUUUGCGAUCGAUGCUUGCCAUCACACUCACCACCCGCUUCGGAUGUGAAGACCAAGAGACGAGUGCGAUGAAGAAUCCCAACUGGCCGCCCCAUGAGAAUCAAGCGCUAUCGGAUUUAGACGACGAUUGGCUCCAGUACGAGCUGCCGCCGCUCACUUCACAGGACGAAGACACCUCUGACAGCUUCAGGCAGACGUAUCGGCACCGGGCCAGCGUACCUUUGGAUGUUGUUCGGGCGAAUGACGAAUCGAUUCCAGUCAGCGCCCAUAUCAAGCAUUAUUCCGAUCCCAUCGCUCAAGCACCGGUGCUGGCUCUCUCGCCUGUUGUGAAUCCUUCAUUCGGACCCGUCAAUCAUGUCAAACGGCGUGAAAGCGCGCAAGAGCUGCGCAUUGGUCGUUACGAUCAUCGCCCCCGGCUUAGAUUUGGAUGGUGUCGAUCGGAUCCCAGUCACCCCCUCUGCUGGGACUCGAAUCUAGGCGGCCUAGACAUGCAUGCCGGUAUGGUAUGGCGGACGAAGGAGGCGAGAAUUGAGGAGCAGCGAGAGGCAGGCAAGGUGAACACGGCGUUUGUAGUCCAGACUUAG